CGAUUGUCAGUUUUCCCGCUUGCUCUCGGGCCAAUUCCUCACGGUCGUCUACUGUCCUAAUUAAUCGCCGCUUCUCCAGCCACGCCGGUUUAGCUCAUUUUCUUCAUUCCCAUCACCCAGCUCGGCCUCUUUCGGCUGUUUCCGGCUCCCGGCACUCACCCCCACCGACGCCGCCUUCGGCUCUUUCCGGAACACCUCAGCUCCUCUUCGGCUGUUUCCGACUCCCCCCGGGCUCCCCUGCCUUUAGCUUCACCCCCGUCGUCCCCUUCGGCUCUCUCCAGCGCCCCUCGGCUUCGCGUUCCUCCGCAGCCCAGACCACCACCUUCGGCUAGUCCCGGCUCGCCCCACCGCCUCCCGUCGCCCGCUCAGCUCUCUUCGGCUUUUUCCGUCUCCCUUCGGCUCUUUCCGCGGGCCUUCGGGCGGUCUCUGCCCCUCUGCUCCACGUGACACCGCCUCCGCCUCCCGGUUCCCCCACCCACCUCGCCCUUCCUCAGCCUCUGAGCUGGUCCGGGCCGAGCCGCCAUUUUGUGUGAAUUCUUGACUGCGGCGGGGGCCGGGCAGCCGGGGCACCUGGGGUGGGCAGACAGUCGGCCCGUCUUCACGGCCCGUUCCCUCUCUCCCUAAAAUCCCCCCCCCUUUUUUUUUUAAAAAACGCUCUCGCUCUCCUCUCCUCCCCUUCCCCCUCGCUUGCUCCAUUGCGCGCGGCCCGGGCUAAUCACACCCAACCACCCACCAGUGUCCGUGUUCCCCGGGUUUCCCGCCCGCGGGCGUGUGUGUGUGCGUGUGGGGGGCUCUCGCCCCGAUGAGGGCCCCGCGCCCGUGAGCGAGUGACCGCAGGGGCAAGGCUGCGGAGAAAGCAGGCGGCGAGCGGCCCGCCGAGGCCUAGGCCGCGCGGCCUACGCGGAGGUCGGCGCAGAGGAACUAUGGAGGCCGCGCCCGGGACCCCCCCGCCGCCGCCAUCAGAGUCGCCGCCGCCGCCAUCGCCGCCGCCGCCAUCAACCUCUUCGCCUCCUCCGUGUUCCCCCGACGCCCGCCCGGCCACCCCGCACCUCCUCCACCACCGCCUCCCGCUCCCUGACGACAGGGAAGAUGGUGAGUUGGAAGAAGGUGAACUGGAAGAUGACGGGGCUGAGGAGACGCAGGACACCUCUGGAGGGCCGGAGAGAAGCCGCAAGGAGAAGGGGGAGAAGCACCACAGCGAUUCUGACGAGGAGAAGUCUCACAGGAGACUGAAGCGGAAGCGCAAGAAGGAGCGGGAGAAGGAGAAGAGGCGGUCGAAGAAGAGGAGGAAAUCCAAGCACAAACGCCAUGCUUCUUCCAGUGAUGACUUCUCGGACUUCUCAGAUGACUCGGAUUUCAGCCCCAGCGAGAAGGGGCACCGCAAGUACCGGGAGUACAGCCCCCCGUAUGCACCGUCUCACCAGCAGUACCCUCCCUCGCACGCCACCCCUCUGCCGAAGAAGUCCUACUCCAAGAUGGACAGCAAGGGCUACGGCCUGUACGAGGACUACGAGAACGAGCAGUAUGGGGAGUACGAGGGGGACGAGGAGGAGGACACGGGCAAGGAGGACUACGACGACUUCACCAAAGAGCUCAACCAGUACCGGCGCGCCAAGGAGGGCGGCAGCCGGGGCCGAGGCAGCCGAGGCCGUGGCAGGGGCUACAGGGGCCGAGGAAGCCGUGGCGGAUCGCGAGGCCGAGGCAUGUGCAGGGGCAGCCGAGGCCGGGGCAGGGGCUCUGUGGGAGACCAUCCAGAGGAUGAAGAGGACUUCUACGAUGACGAGAUGGAAUACGGAGAGAGCGAGGAGCCGCUGGGAGACGAUGAUUAUGAUGAGUACUCCAAGGAGCUGAACCAGUACCGCAGGUCCAAGGACAGCCGAGGCCGAGGGUUAAGUCGAGGCCGUGGACGGGGUUCCCGCGGUCGAGGGAAGGGCAUGGGCCGGGGCCGUGGACGAGGUGGCAGCCGAGGAGGGAUGAACAAGGGCGGAAUGAAUGACGAGGACGACUUCUACGACGAGGACAUGGGCGAUGGUGGUGGCGGAAGCUACCGGAGGAGUGACCAUGACAAGCCCCACCAGCAGUCCGAUAAGAAAGGCAAAGUCAUCUGCAAGUACUUCGUGGAAGGGCGGUGCACAUGGGGCGACCACUGCAAUUUUAGCCAUGACAUCGAACUACCAAAGAAGCGAGAGCUGUGCAAGUUCUACAUCACGGGAUUUUGCGCCAGAGCCGAGAACUGCCCCUACAUGCACGAUAUCUUCCCGUGCAAGUUGUACCACACAACUGGGAACUGCAUCAACGGCGACGACUGCAUGUUCUCCCAUGACCCUCUGACUGAGGAGACCCGAGAGCUGCUCGACAAGAUGCUGGCUGACGACGCAGAGGCGGGCGCUGAGGAUGAGAAGGAGGUUGAAGAGCUGAAGAAGCAGGGCAUCAACCCCCUGCCCAAGCCGCCCCCUGGCGUGGGACUCCUGCCCACUCCCCCUCGGCCCCCUGGACCCCCGGCUCCCACCUCUCCCAACGGCAGGCCCAUGCAGGGGGGCCCCCCACCGCCACCGCCACCCCCUCCCCCACCCCCUGGGCCCCCUCCGAUGCCCAUGCCGGUGCACGAGCCGCUGUCCCCGCAGCAGCUGCAGCAGCAGCAGGACAUGUACAACAAGAAGAUCCCCUCCUUGUUUGAGAUCGUGGUGCGGCCCACGGGACAGCUGGCCGAGAAGCUGGGUGUGAGGUUCCCUGGACCUGGUGGACCCCCAGGGCCGAUGGGCCCAGGGCCCAACAUGGGACCUCCAGGGCCAAUGGGGGGCCCCAUGCACCCUGACAUGCAUCCGGAUAUGCACCCCGACAUGCACCCUGACAUGCACCCUGACAUGCCGAUGGGCCCUGGCAUGAACCCCGGCCCACCCAUGGGCCCCGGCGGCCCCCCGAUGAUGCCCUAUGGUCCUGGAGACUCCCCGCAUUCUGGAAUGAUGCCCCCCAUUCCACCAGCCCAGAACUUCUAUGAGAACUUCUACCAGCAGCAAGAGGGCAUGGAGAUGGAGCCAGGACUCAUUGGGGACGCAGAGGACUACGGGCACUACGAAGAGCUGCCGGGGGAGCCUGGGGAGCAUCUCUUCCCCGAGCACCCUGUGGAGCCCGACAGCUUCUCUGAGGGAGGGCCCCCAGGCCGGCCGAAGCCGGGCGCCGGUGUCCCCGACUUCCUGCCCUCGGCCCAGAGGGCCCUGUACCUGAGGAUCCAGCAGAAGCAGCAGGAGGAGGAGGAGAGAGCGAGGAGGCUGGCUGAGAGCAGCAAGCAGGACCGGGAGAAUGAGGAAGGUGACACCGGAAACUGGUACUCGAGUGACGAGGACGAAGGGGGGAGCAGCAUGACCUCCAUCCUCAAGACCCUCAGGCAGCAGACGUCCAGCCGCCCUCAGCCUGCGGUCGGGGAGCCGAGCGGCAGCGGGCUGGGGGGCCCACGCCUCCAGAAGGGGCACCCCACAGGGGGCCGGCUGGCCGACCCCCGCCUCAGCCGGGACCCCAGGCUCAGCCGUCACGCCGAGGCUGCUGCAGGCUCCGGCCCGGGGGACACGGGGCCCUGCGACCCUCGACUUGCUCGCUCUCUGCCGGCCUCCAAGCCUGAGGGCAGCCUGCAUUCCAGCCCCGCAGGCCCAAGCAGUUCCAAGGGGUCUGGGCCACCCCCCACAGAGGAAGAGGAAGGGGAGCGGGCACUGCGGGAGAAGGCUGUGACCAUUCCCCUGGACCCCCUGCCGGGACACCCGCUGCGGGACCCUCGGUCACAGCUGCAGCAGUUCAGCCACAUCAAGAAAGACGUGACCCUGAGCCGGCCCAGCUUCGCCCGCACUGUGCUGUGGAACCCCGAGGACCUGAUCCCUCUGCCUAUCCCCAAGCAGGAUGCGGUGCCCCCUGUGCCCGCUGCCCUGCAGUCCAUGCCUGCCCUGGACCCCAGGCUGCACCGGUCCACCCCCACGGGCCCCCCCAAUGCUCGGCAGCGCCCGGGUACCUCCACGGACCCCAGCACACCUGGCUCCAGUCUGCCCGACUUUGAACUCCUCUCUCGAAUCCUCAAGACUGUCAACGCCACCGGCCCCUCCGCAGCCCCUGGCCCAAGCGACAAACCCAGCGACCCCCGGGUGCGGAAGGCCCCCACCGACCCUCGGCUGCAGAAACCAACAGACUCUGCGGCCUCUUCCCGGGCAGCCAAGCCUGGCCCCACCACCGACGCAUCCUCCCCGGCCGCCAGCCCCAGCGGGGAGUCCUCUCCACCAGCCACAGCUCCCUAUGACCCCCGUGUGCUGGCGGCCGGCGGUCUGGGUCAGGGCAGCAGCAGUGGGCAGAGCAGCGUGCUGAGCGGCAUCAGCCUCUAUGACCCGAGGACUCCCAACUCCGGUGGCAAAGCUGCGGAGCCAGCUGCCGACGCAGGCACCCAGUCCAAGGGCCCUGAGGGCAACGGCAAAAGUUCAGCCUCCAAGGCCAAGGAGCCUCCGUUCGUCCGCAAAUCUGCCCUGGAGCAGCCAGAGACAGGGAAGGCCGGCGCCGACGGGGGCGCAGCCACAGCCACAGACAGAUACAACAGUUACAACCGGCCCCGGCCCAAGGCGGCCGUGGCCCCCACAGCCACCACAGUCACCCCACCACCCGAGGGCACCGCGCCCCAGCCUGGGGUGCACAACCUGCCCGUGCCCACCCUCUUUGGGACCGUGAAACCAGCGGCCAAGACAGGCUCAGGAAGCCCGUUUGCAGGCAACAGCCCAGCCCGCGAGGGAGAGCAGGACGCAGGGUCCCUGAAAGACGUGUUCAAAGGCUUUGAUCCCACUGCCUCCCCCUUUUGCCAGUAGUGUUGAGCCGGAGCCAGCAUUCUCUCCACUCCACCCAAUCCCAGAGUGAUGGUCAAGGGCAGACCCUGCAGUUGGGAACCUGGGGGUGGAGGGUGGGUCUGGGUGACCUUUUUUUUUGACUUUUCUUUUCCUCCCUUCCUUUUAUUUUUUUUUUUAAGUAGUACUUCCUUUGAGACUUAUAAAUUGUAUAUAACCAUCCUCCGUUCUGGUCAGUGCUGCAGGGUUCCUAGCCUCCCACCAAGAAAACCCACUUGUGUACGCGAACCAUCCUGGGUCCCCAGGCCUGAGCCACCAUCAGUGCUGUGCCAGGCCAGGCCUCCCUGGAGGUGGGGGCCUCGUCUGGUGGGUUUUCUGGGCAAAGCUUGAGACCCCCGCCACCCACGCAAGGGGACAGUGUCGUCCGAGAAGGCACUGAGGUCGCGCACCACUCCAUGCUGUGGAGCAGUAGGAGCUGGAAGCAAGACAGGCAGGACUGCGAGGAAGCAGGGUCAGAGAGCCCUCAGCACCCUGGACGCAGUGCUCCCUGGCCCGUGCCUGGGGCCCUCUGCACCCUGUCCAGACCCACGCUCUGGAGCCCGCAGCAGGAGAACGCACGUGAGGGGCCCUCAGAGCGCAUGCUUUCUGUCAGUAUUACCCGUCCUGACCUGUCCCAUCCGUUUACUGCCCGCAGAGGGGUCUCCUGGACCUUGGCGGCCACAGCACCCUAUGUGCCUCCUGGGACAACUCAAGGAUCCAUUGUGUGGCCACUCGGUCAGGGUCCUGAGGGUGGAGCCCAGGGUGGCUCUUGGGCAAAGUGUUCCUGGCUCUGCUUCCUGGGCACCUUGGGAGGGCACAAGGUGUCGGUGUGCACGGGCUCAGGAGUGUGCCAUGAUGUUUCUCUGUGUGCACUCUUCCCAAAAAGGGGUCUGAGGAAAGGGCUGGAAGCUGCAGCCAGUGGGGGAGCGGGUGUACAUUGGGCCCUCCCUUUCCAGGAGAGGGACCAGAACCCCUCUCGGGACACAGGAACCCAAGGCAGCAGUCUGUGGCGGGCUGUCCCUCCCCUCGUGCUGCCACCCUGCCGAGUGAGGUCCGUCCACGUAGCCGCAGAGGAAGCCAUCCCCGUGGACGAGGCCUGGGAGACAGCUGAAGGGAGCUGGCGAGGCGCGAGUCCUUCAUAAGUGCUAGGUGUCUCCUGACCCACUGGCUCUUCCCUGCUAGUGACGAGGAGACGCGGGCACCUCCCUAGGGAGGGGGGGUGAGCGAGGCUCCUGCACUGUACCCACCACCCGGCAGAGAGCAGAACCUGCGUGGUUCUGGAGCCAGAAGCUGGGGUGGAAAAGCCAGUGGGCUGUGAUCGGGGCGGCUUGAUCUGUCUGUUGUUUUGUUUUGUUUCAUUUACAAUCAUCAGUGAGAUUGGUCUUCAGCCACCGGUGCCGGCCGGGGCUGGGCUGCGGCUGUGGGUUUAUGAGAUAAGUGAGGAUACACAGUGUGGCAGUGUUGGGUUUUUCCCCCUUCCUUUGAGAUUUUUUUUUUUUUUUUUU